AUGUCCAUGAGCCCCAAGCACACUACGCCCUUCUCAGUUUCAGAUAUUUUGAGUCCGAUCGAGGAGAGCUACAAGAAAGUUGGCAUGGACGCAGCGGGCAACCUCGGAGCUCACUUGACAGCCUACCGGCAGCCUCAGGUCUCCCAGCCCGGGAUGCAGCAGCACUCGCUCGGACAUACUACUUCGAUGCCUACGGCAACCUAUCACAUGUCGCACGGGGUCCCCCAGCUAUCGCACACGGCUAUGGGAGGCUAUUGCAACGGCAAUAUUGGCAACAUGGGCGAACUUCCUGCUUACCAAGACACCAUGAGGAACGGUGCAAGUGCCACGAGCUGGUACGGGACGAAUCCGGAUCCACGCUUUUCAUCGAUUUCCCGCUUCAUGGCACCAUCCUCAGGAAUGAACAUGGGCGGAAUGGGCGCUUUGGGCUCCCUUGGAGAUAUUGGCAAACCUAUGGCUCCUCUCCAGAGCACACCGAGGAGGAAACGCAGGGUGCUCUUCUCUCAAGCCCAGGUUUAUGAGCUAGAAAGGCGCUUCAAGCAACAGAGAUAUCUCUCGGCCCCUGAAAGGGAACAUUUGGCCAGUAUGAUCCAUCUCACGCCUACCCAGGUGAAGAUUUGGUUCCAGAAUCACCGCUAUAAGAUGAAACGGCAAGCCAAAGACAAGGCGGCGCAACAGCACAUGCAGCAAGACAGCAGCGCUUGUCAGCAACAACAGCAACUGUCGCCCAGAAGAGUAGCAGUACCUGUCCUGGUUAAAGAUGGCAAACCAUGCCAAGGGAGCGCCAGUGCCCCAACCACCACCAUGCAGACCCAGCAGCAAGUUACCAACGCUGCAAUCACAGUAGCUGCCAAUGGCACUACUGCCCACGGCCCAUCUCAAAGCCAGCAAGCAAAUAGCACAGGUCAGACAUCGGAAUUAGGACAAACCUCAGCAAGCCCAUCUCUCCAAAGCCACAUCACUAGCUUGUCUCACUUAAACUCUUCCAAUUCUGAUUAUGGUACAGCAAUGUCCUGUUCUACCCUAAUGUAUGGCAGGACCUGGUGAAUUGAUUCACUCUAUUUGUGUACCAGCUCCACGCUGUAUUGGUUCAUGUCUACUAUGCUUUAAUAAAAAGUACUAUUUUGCGUAGAUGUGCAUCAAUAUAGGACAAAUCUCCGGGUUGAAAUGUGAAGUGAUGGCUGAACGUUAAAUUGUUUUUUGAUAGACCUGAAGGCAGUAGUAUAUUGCUGAUUGGUCAUAAUGUCGGAUUGAAUAGAUUUGCUCGAAUAUGCAGAUAUAUACUAAACGAUACAGAGCACAGAUCUGUUCAUAUGUAAGGUCUGUAAAUAUAAUUUUUUUGGGGUGGCAUCGUUUAGAAGAGAUUUUUCGGAACAUAAUAGUGUUUAAAAAGCGACAUCCUAUAAUAUGCUUUCCUCCGAAAGAGAAGAAAUGCAAUAGUUUAUUUAACACAA